CCGCACAGACAGACCGCACCAGACCACACCAGGGCGAGUAGCGACGGGAAGGAUGUCGACCAACGCAGUCCGCCAAAGCUCGAGGACCGUAGCCCCCUCUUUCAAAGUUCGUGAUAGGGUUAGCGACGACCAGGAGACUUAUUUUCUGGCAGCAGGGCAGCGGAAGGCUAGGGAACUGGAGGAGUUCGGCGGAGAAGAGUCGAGAGACAGCAGUGGCGGCUCUGGCAACCCACCUCCUCCUGCUGGUGGUCUUGAGGAGGAUGGAGUACAGAUCCUGUCGACACCGCGUGGCAAUGUGCAGGCUAAGCCACCAAGGAAGGGCAAGUGGACGCUUCCAUGCAUGAUCCGCGUUGCUGAGAAGGGGCUCAAGUGUCAAUGCUGGCAGGUUAGAGGUCGCAAGGAAACGGUGCCGCAGCAGUGGCUGGAGGCCGACAAGGAGAUACGGGGGAAGCUCCGUGGAACAUCAUGUUCGAGGGAAUCAGUGACACUGCGAUCAUCUCCAAAUUCACCGCCGUGGUUUCCGAGAAGACUGGAGCAGAGAAUAAGGCCGCGGCCACGACCGGCGGGGGGGAAGACGGCUCGGAAAACCUUGGCGAAGAUGAGAUUAAGCUGGUGA